AUGGCAUAUGCCAGCCUCACUCCCGAGGAGCUCAAAGCUCUCGAUGCGACACGACAGAAAUUCUUUCAGCUCACCAGCAGCAUUCAGUCGCUCAAGAACGAUCUAGCACGAACACAUCCUCUACCACAAUGGUCAUCGCUCCAAGUCACCACCGCCAUGCUUUCGAACUACAUGGAUAGCAUCACGCGGCAUCUAGCAGAACAUUCCGAAUUGAUGAACAAAGUCGUCGUCUAUCCAUCCACCAAUUAUCCAGGACGCGAGCAAGAAGGGCUGCUCGGUAUGCUUUUGCGGAAAAAGCUAGAACCACCCGUCGAAGCUUUGGUAGAAGAAGCACGCGAGAUCGAGAUCAAGAACCCCAAAGCUGUGAGCCAGGAGAAUGAAGAAUUCGCAGAUUGGGCGGCAGGUUGGAUUCAUCAGCGUGUAGCCACGGCUGCCCAGUCGGAAAUGGUAGAAAACUUCACCCAAGAUGAAAGAAUCGCCGGGGUUGAGAAUGUUAGGACUGGAUUGCGCAGAAAGAUCGACCUGAAGCCACCGAAGAUUGCAUCAGAAGAGGAAGAAUCUAGCGAAGAAGAAGGAAGUGAAGAUGAGGAAAUGGAGGAUGCUGGAUUGGAUACGGCUCCUACUCGGCCGGUUGAAUUUGGUAUGGGAACUGUGAGAAAGAACCCGAACGCGUUGGUCCGGACCGAAGACGACAUACUGCGAUUUGCUACAAAUGGUGCAACUUCAGCACCGGCAGCACCCCCUAGCACUCUCAAUACUGUAUGGAGCGUAGGGAAGAAAGCGAAAUGA